GUAUACUACUCUUGCAUGCAGAAAGUCUUCACCUGUGUAAAAUGGGAAGUGAAUUAACAGAGUUGUUCUCUUGUAUAGGCUAAUAACACUUCACUAGGUGUUAUAAAAUUUCUGCUCCACAUUUUAGUAGUAAACUGUGUCCCAUCUGUGCUCCAUUAACAUUUAUGGUUUAAGGGAUCAAUGAUUCAGUUAUAUUUGCUUAUUUCUCCCGCCUAAAGUUGUUGUAGUUUUGAAUUGAGCAUUAUUUUUCGGAGCCAGUAACUAUUUACAUGCCAGAGAUUAAGAAACUAGAACUUCAAUGUUUUGAAUAAAAGGAGACGAAAGGGAGCGUAUUUGCUUUAAAAUUCAGUCGAGUCAAACCAAAAUGAAAUGCAAAUAUUAAAUACAAUACUGAAAUAACUGAUGUUUGUGUUAGUCUGAUAGUAAUCAUUUUUACUCUACACUUUUCUCCCACUCAAUAAUACGUUAAAAAGUACCAGUAAGGUAUUUAUUUCUCCACCUCUCAAAGAAACAUCUGAGGUUGCACAGGGUUAACAGUUUGUUCCUUUGUAUUUAGGAAUGACUGGUAUGUGUCAGCCAAAGACAGAGAUACUUUGAGAGUGGAAAUUCUGCAGUCCUUCCAUAGAUGAUACGUAUCAGGCAUGUUAAAAACACUUUUACUAACUUCAGCCACAGCCUGAUGUCAGUGUGUUUGUCAGUGAAUGACAAGCAAAUUGGGUGUGACUGCCUUUGGUGUGGAUAUUAAGAACACACACGCAGCACAGUCAAUUGAAGUAACAGCGAAAUUGUUUCACAGGAGAUCGUUGUGGCCUGUUUCGUCCCUGAAGUGUAAUUUUGAUAUCUGUCCUUGCUGUGGGACGUGUUAGGGGGAUGAUACGGAUGAGUUGGAGGUAAUGAGGGCGGGGAUAGGAUGGGCUGGUCCUGUUUUAAAGAGGUUGUUUGACUUGCAAAGCAGGCCUGGAUGCUCACCGACCAGGCUUUGAGAAAAAAGGCCCUUCCCUGGAAGUGGAGCACCAGGGACACGGACAGCUGCUGCGCUGCUUUGUGCCGGGUUGCGGGCCUUGUCACCCACAGGCAUGAAUUAGUGAUAAGGAAUGUUUCAAGCCAUGAGGAGGUGUCGGGAUCAGACGGGCAGACGGACAGACGGCAGGACGGAUACACGGGUGGGGGCUGUGCUAGGCGGCUCGGCGGCAGGCUGGUGGAAGAUGUCGUCAGGAGCCGGCGGGCGGGGCGGAAGGCGGCUCAGAGGGACAGCAAGCAGCGGCGGCGGAGGAGGGAGAGGAGGGGCAGGAGAGGCAGAGGAAGGCCCUGUGGGGAUCCCGUUCCCUGAGCACAGCGCAGACAUCCUGGGCAGCCUGAACAAGCAGCGGCUCAGCGGCCUGCUGUGCGACGUGCUCCUGGUUACCCAGGAACGGGAGUUCCCGGCUCACCGCUCCGUCCUGGCGUCCUGCAGCUCCUACUUCCACAAGCUCUUCACUUCAGGGGCUGCCGCCGACCAACAGAACAUCUACAACAUCGACUUUGUGGCGGCGGAGGCUCUGGGAGCGUUGCUGGACUUUGCCUACACAGCCACGUUGACAGUCAGUCACAGCAGCGUGGCUGACAUCCUUGCCGCUGCACACCUCCUGGAAAUCCCACCUGUCCAGGACGUCUGUACACACCUGCUGGACACCAAAGUGCUCUCCCCGCCGGCGGGCAGUGAGCAAAGAGAUGAAGAUGAAGAUGAGGAGGGGAAGGGCAGAGGCAGCAGGGAGCAGGGGAACCGGGUGCGGGCCCGGGAGUACCUGGAGUACUUCCAGAGAGGGGCGCACUGGAGCAGCAGCUGCAGCACGCCAGAGCUCAGGGACCUGCCCACACACCUGCACUUUAACCACGGAAAUGGCGGCACCCCCAGCAAUGGGGCUCCUGCUGGUCCUGGUGAGUACUACUCCCCUCUGGCCCUCGCCUUGGCCCAGGCCCCCACACAGGAGCCAGAGGAAGAGGAUGAGGACGAAGAGGAAGACGAGGACGGGGAGGCGGUGCAGAGGAACGGAGCAAGCCUGGGGUCAUCUUACUACCCUCCAUCCCAAAACGGGCACUUCUACCUCCCCGCUGAGUCUAGGCUGGGGCCGGACACAGAGGUGGAGGACGGGAGCAGGGAGGUGAUGGCGAGGGAGAGGGGUUCUGCCAGCGCCCUCCUGCAGCAGAUGAUGGACUCCAUCGAGAGGCAGAAGGAGCGCCCAACAACCGGGGAGGAGCAGGGAGAUGGGGAUGACCCCGACAUGGAAUUUUACUUGAAUUAUUUUAACAGCACGCAGCACGAGGAUCCAGCCUCUGCUGCCGUGUCACAGGGAGUGCCGCCGCUCUGGUUAUCACGGGGGAGAACAGGCCAAGACAGAGUAGGAGGAGGAGGAGAGAGGGGGGUGGGAGAGAGAGGCAGCGGGGGUGGAGGAGGAGGAGGUGGUGGAGGCGAGAGGAAGAUGCGCUCUAAGGCCUUCCAGAAAUGCCCCAUAUGCUCCAAGGUCAUUCAAGGAGCAGGCAAGCUACCCCGCCACAUCCGAACGCACACGGGAGAGAAACCUUAUGAAUGCGCCAUCUGCAAAGUGCGCUUUACCAGGCAGGACAAGCUCAAGGUCCAUAUGCGGAAGCAUACAGGAGAGAAGCCUUACCUGUGUACGCAAUGUGGAGCCGCCUUUGCCCACAAUUACGACCUGAAGAACCACAUGCGCGUACACACCGGCCUGCGCCCCUACCAGUGCUCAAGCUGCUUUAAGACUUUCGUGCGCUCGGAUCACCUGCACCGCCACCUCAAGAAGGACGGCUGCAACGGCAUCCCCUCCCGUCGAGGCCGAAAGCCUCGGGUGCGAGAGCCGGGGCUCCUCGACGCCCCCCUGGGCCUGCUGAGCCCCAGCUCCGACACAGGCCCUGGGCCUCGCACCAUCAGGGGACGGCGGCGCUUGGAGGCGUCCUCAGUGGCAGAGGUGGAUGGGGCUGCCGGAGCCCAUGCACACAGUCCUCAGCUGCAGGAGUUGGCAGGGGAGGCAGGGCCCUGAGACUGCAGGGGCGACAAGGACACUGCUGGACACCAUCGUCACUCUGCACCGCCUGUGAGACAGGCCAGUGAACAGAGAGGAGAAAAAACACGCAAAGGCAAACUUAAAAAAAACAAAACAACUAACUAUUCCUCUAUAAACCAAAUCAGGGUGUCACAAAAAAUCUAAUCUUUAUAUUUCUUUCUCCUUUUACUUUAGGAAAUGGAGUAGACAUGCAAGCACUUGAGUCGGUUUAUCUGUUAAAGAGCAAAGAACGCUUCAAAUCAUGCACCCAUGACGUCCACUUUCUGGGCCAUUUCUUUCUUUAUAAUAUUAGGGGUUUUAUACAUUGGCAUAUGUGCUUAGGCAAAUGUAUGAUAGAUACAAAGAAACUCGGAGCAACUAUGCAGUUGAUUUAGAUUUUUAUUGGUUUUGUCCUCACAGCCUUCAAGCUCUAAGCAAGGUGUCUAUCAAGCACCUUCUGGCUGCUGUACGGGUGAAGCGAGGACAAAUCCUCCCAGUGAAAACAACUCUUUUUCUAUUCUUUUGCAGGUCUGAAAUGUACAGUUACCAUAGAAACACCAUUGCCACAAUAUGGCAUAUGCAAAGAAAACUCACCACAAUUUUGAUGCAACAGUUUUCUCUCUCUUAAAUGUUCCAGAAAGAAUCAGACAAGGGUUUGAUUGAAGUGGUACUUACUCUAUAAAAUGCAUUUUAAGAAUCUUAUGGUUUGUCUUAUUGAAAAACAAAUUCAUGUAGAGUCAAAUCCACUUUAUUGGGGGCUCUUCAAUUGCAGGACUAGGGAAUAUGAGGGGUGGAGGGUUUGUGUUUCUAAAGCACUACCAUUGUCAAUGUAUCCGUUGGCUUGACUAUGUUGCCUCUUAUCCCUCACAACCCUGCAAUUUCAGCAUUUCUGUUUUCCCUUUUGAUUUUGUCUUAAUUUUUUUUUUUGGUCGUUCCUUUUUUGUUGACUGCUUCGGGUACUUGACACUUUAUAAUUGUAUACAUGUAUAUACAGCAGGUGGUGAUAUGACAUUAGUCCCCUCUUAAUGCUGAGGUGUACUUACCAAUCGGGUUUUCCUCUUAGGCUUGAUGUCAUAUUUCUCACACAGAGUGAAGCUUGUGGGUGAUUGAAAAAAAAACAACAAAAAACCUGUAUGAAUGUUUGAUGAAAAAAAAACAUUGAGUCACCCAUCUGUCCUAAACUUAACACUUGACUUGUAUAGUUCCUGCCCAAAGGAUGAGGAGGUAGAAUGAAUGAAUGUGCUUAAACUUUGUGCAGUUUUUUCGGAUUCUGUCCUUGUGUGACAAGGCGCGGGUAGCAUUUAACCAACCGCAGGUUAAAGGAAUGGCAGGGAGCCCGAGUGAGAGAAUGACAAAGAGUACGAAGAAGAGAUAGAUGAGCACCUUUAUUUCUAUAUUUGCACAGCUUUACUAAAGAUAUCCAACAGAGAGGCGAGAGAGAGAGGGAGGUGUAUUUAAAGGAAGUGGGCUGGUGUCGGGGAGGGAGUGAGAGGAGGUUUAUGUAUCAUGCUUAUUCCAAUCUUUUUUGCCCUAGGGACCACACAACCGUGAGGCAACCUGUAUGAUGAAGAGAGCAAUAAAUACCUGUCCAAGUUGGGAGGCCAAAUAGGAGCGCAGCUGCAGCUGGUUGAUGGGGGGAGGGGAACAAGGGAAGGGGAGGGGGAUCUCACAAUGUCUGUUGCAUUCCAAAAAAUAAUCUCCCCCAGCUCAGCCACGUUUCCAGGCAGGAGGGGAUCAAAUCAGGCCUUUUCUCUCCCUCUCUCUCCCUCUGUAGUCCUCUAAUGCCCCCGAACUAGCCUGGAGGGGAUAUUAUUAUAUUAGAGCCUGGUGUUACUGUGGCUAGGACGCCUGGUGCUGGCAGUUUAGUGUGUGAGUGUGUUUAUAUGUCCGUGUGUUUGUGUACAUGUGUGUGUGCGUGGCAGCCAGGGUCGCUCUGGCCACAUCAUCACUGAGUGAGUCAGCCGCAGCCUGUUCAAACAUGCACCCUGAGCUGCCAGCCCCAAUGCACUUUCUCUGUCUCGCACACACAUGCACACACACUCCGCUCGCUGGGUCCAGGUAUCCUGUAGAGAAUGGGAAAACACCAGGGCUGACAUAUCUGUUUGACUAUUGCAAGUGACUCCAUACAUCUGGAUUUGUUAGUCUUAAAAUAUCCAUGUUAUUGUACUCCAAAUCCAAUGUUAUUUUCCAAGUUAGGACAUUGAGCCUUUUGAGUCAGGAGGAGAACAUGCGUGUGAUUUAGAGUCCCCCCCCUCCAUCCCUCCACCCCACCCUGUAAUUUCUGCAGCGGUGCUGUAGUAUCAGUCCUUUGCACCUUAAUUGGAAAGAGGCAGGUUAUGAAUGCACUUUGUUACUGAGGAGGGCACUUUUGUCAGCGAAACGGGUACUUUGAAACAAACCAGUUGCAAAUGAGAUCAGUCCCUUCUUCUGUCCGCGGCGGUGAGCUCCUUCGCUGGUUUUGUUCAGGUUUUGACGACAAGCUGCCAAAAAAAACAGUUCUCUUAAAGAGACGCUGGGUGGGCCUGAUAAAAACACGUUGGGUUUUGUGACCCUAAGAGGAGACACAAUUAAUCCAUCUAACUGAUUGCACUUGAAGUUAGUUGAAAUCUAGCGAGUUGUCUUUAUGUCUUAAUGUAAAGGAAGGGGCCAGAAGACGAAGAAGAGAGGACACUGCGUGCUUGUAUGCAUGCAUAUUUGUGUGUGUGUGUGUUGCUUGCUGGCAGGCUGGAGGGUCUCAGGACAAGCUUGGAUAAACAAACUUUGUGUCGGCCCCAUCUGUUCACCAGCUACUCUCAUAACUACACGUGUUCUCCGAGGAACUGCAGUGAUUAUUGGUCCACGGUACCGCAGAAAAAUACCGUAUUGUAGAACAACCCAUCGGACAGUUGCUUGCUUACUUCACGGCUCUCUUGGUGCAGAUUUGCAAAACUCUUUGUUUACCCUUGUUGGUCAUUGUCAGGGGUUGGCUAGGUCUUGGGAGUUUUCGUUUCUAUUUUUGCUUCUUCGUUAUGAUAGAGUCGGGGUUUAUUAAUGCACACGUUGACUCCCACAGGCUGACCAAUGCAGGCUGUGGACCUUAUGUAGUGGUAUGCCGGUUUGGACCGCUUAAACAAAUUUUGUCUUGGUGUGGCAGAAGGUAAGCCACCUUAAACAUGUUUCUUUAGUCCUUUAACAUUUCCCAAAAAGUCUUACGUUGUUUGUUGAUUAACCAAAGCUUUUUUUGCCCUCAAUCAUAGAGAUAUUGAAAGUUUGUCUAUAAUUUGUCCAGACUGGGCCUCCCUGACUAAGCCACACUCAGAAGCCCUCCUUGAAUACAUAUGCAGAAAUGUGUGUGAAAUCAUACAGAUAUUUACUUGAGUUUGCUUUCUCUCGCUCUUUGUAUCCUUGUGGACGAUAGAAUCAGAGGUUUAAGGAUGUAUAGUUUUUUUUUUUCUGUCUGUCUACACUUUCUAAAAAUAAUGUGUUGUGCUACAUUUUUUUCUAACAAUUUUACAUGGCUGUGCGUGUGUGAGUAUGUGUGCGUGUGUGUGGGUUGGGGUCAUGGUUUUGGGGUUGCUGUGCCAGGAGGGUGGGGUAAAUGGGUGCUUGGGUGGGGUUAAGGAUAUAAAGCCUGAUAGCACUGGAAAUGGUGCUUUAGCUGAGAGAGCAAAAGUUUGCACUAAUGUUAAAUGUCCUUGUCCUGCUUAUGGGAGAAGGGCAGGAGACCUCAGAAAGGCCUGCAAGUUUCCAUGAGCACAGAGCAGUGUGUUUAAUACUCAACGGUCUCAUAAAGAGUCCAUCCAACCCCUCUACAGAAAUAAUCAUGUACAGUAUAUUAAGUAAUAUACAGACGUCCAACCACAACAACAAAUACCAAAGGAGAAGAAAUGGCUUGCACUAAAGUCAUUGGACAUUUUAAGCUACCAAUCUCAUGUUGGAUUAAUAGAGUUUUAUUGUUGAAUCUGAAGGCUCUUGAAAAGAGAACUUUUGAUGGACACUAGAUGUGUUAUGAUGGCAAAUCAUAUUUGCUCUUUAUAUUAUUCCAAAUGUACAACAUUUAGGCACUUAGAAAGUAGCAAAGCCUCUCCGAAUACCAUUUGAAACAUUUGCGUUGGAUCUGAUGGCUGAGAUGUACUGUGUGCAGGUGCCAGAGAUAUUGAGUCCAGUUCUUUUAAAAUUUUGGAGAUGGGAAUAUUUGUCUCAUGUUCAGUCAAUUUGAAAUGAUAUUGAAAAAACAUUGUUAUUGUUGAACACUGUUAUUUUGAUUGACCUGGAUGAUUUCAGUUUACUUUCGGAAAAGGUUGAAUUGAAUUAUAAAUGUUCUCUAAGCAGACUGGGACUUUGUGGCCUUGUCUGAGCAGCA